GGCCAGUGGCCAACAUGAGCACCGAUGCCACACGCCUGCCUACCGGCGCCCAGGCCGGCGGGGCUAUGUGGACUCCAUCCGGCUUGAUGGCUUCCGACAUGCCUCCCAACGCCAGCAGCUCCUUGGUGCCACCGGAGCAGCGGCCCCGGGCAGAGGAGUGGACUGGCAGUGCCGGAGCGGUGGUGGGCACAGUGGCCAUCCAAUGCAUCUACGCCCUGGUGUGCCUGCUGGGGCUGCUGGGCAACUCGCUGGUGAUCUUCGUCAUCCUGCGCUACGCCAAGAUGAAGACGGCCACCAACAUCUACAUCCUCAACCUGGCCAUCGCUGACGAGCUCUUCAUGCUGAGCAUCCCCUUCGUGGCCACUUCCGCGGCCCUGCACCACUGGCCUUUUGGCCGGGUCUUGUGCCGCACCGUGCUGGGCGUGGACGGGCUCAACAUGUUCACCAGUGUCUUCUGCCUGACCGUGCUCAGCCUGGACCGCUACAUCGCCGUGGUGCACCCGCUGCGGGCCGCCACCUACCGCCGGCCCCGGGUGGCCAAGAUGGUCAACGGAGGCGUCUGGCUGCUCUCGCUGCUGGUGGCCUCGCCAAUCCCCAUCUUCGCCGGCACGGCCACCACACACGACGGCCGAGCGGUGGCCUGCAACCUGCUGUGGCCUAGCCCGGCCUGGUCGGCCGCCUUUGUGGUCUACACCACCUUGCUGGGCUUCCUGCUGCCGGUGCUGGCCAUGGGCCUCUGCUACCUGCUGAUCGUGGGCAAGAUGCGGGCGGUGGCGGAGCGGGUGGGCUGGCAGCAGCGGCGGCGCCCGGAGGGGAAGCUGACCCGGCUGGUGCUGAUUGUGGUGGCCAUGUUCGUGGUCUGCUGGAUGCCCUUUUACGUGGUGCAGCUGGUGAACCUGCUGCUGCCCGGCCACCUGGACGCCACGGUGAACAACGCCUCCCUCAUCCUCAGCUACUCCAACAGCUGCGCCAACCCCAUCCUCUACGGCUUCCUCUCGGAGAGCUUCCGGCACUCCUUCCACGGCGUGCUGCGGCGGUGCUGCGACGCCCGCUUCUGCUGCUCCCACCCCGGCCUGGACCCCGCCGAGGAGGAGGAGGAGGAGGAGGCGCUAGAUUACUGUGCCAUCCCCAAGGCGGGGGAGACGAGCCAGGGCUGCAUGUGCCUGUCUCUGCGGUGCCACCAGGAGCCGGUGCACCCUGACCCCUGCUGUAAGCCUGGCACCCUCCUUGCGAAGACCACCACCUUCUAGGUGGCACCAUUCGCCCAUGUGUCCUCCUCCCGGGGACCCCUGCCUUUGGAAAGGGAGGGUCCUCCUGGACCAGGCCCUGCCUUGGCAGCACUGGCUUCUUCUACUAAGCACCAUUGCCCUGCUGUAGAAACAGGCGCACGGGGUCAGUCAGGAAGUCCUCAGCGUCAGAGGGCUGGCUCUUCCCUUCGGGCUGCGGCUGGGGUGGGGCUUGGACGGGGGCCGGGGGAGCUGGCGCAGAGACUCCACUCGCUCUUUUCUCUUUGGGCGCCUGGGCUUGUUUCUUGGUCUAUUGCUUCUGCCGCCGGAGAGGUCCCUGGCCACUGAGACCUCAAGGACCAUGCUUGGGGGCAGGAGCCACUUGAGGUGGCAAAGGGCGGGGGCAGAAUCUGACCCGGGGAAUGAAGAUUCUCUUAGCCACUCCCAUGCUGGGUAUUUGAUCUCGGGGCAGGUGUUUUCUGUUGCGCCUCUGUGCUUCUGGG